AUGGGCUUCUUCAACCACCUCUGUGGUUUAAUCUCAACCAUCGCUCAUAUCAUCCAAUGCAUCAGUUCAUUUGUCGUCCUCGGGAUCACAGCCUGGGCAGCCCGCGAGACGAAAACCCUUACGGUGAUAUUUCCCUUGGUGGUGGCGGUCCUCACCCCAAUCCUCGACGGUAUAACACUAGGCAUCAGCUGCUUUACCCGACGUCGCAGAUGGCAGGUUCUCCCUCUGCUUCUGACGGACGCAGCACUUUCUUACCUCUGGCUCACUGCAUUCAUCUUUCUGGCUCAGGAUUUCAACCAGGUCAGCUGCAGCAUCCACCUUUGGAACCACGAGAUGGUAUGUAGCCGGAAGUAUGCGGCCGAGGCAUUCAGUUUCAUUGCAUUCUUUACUACAUUCGGAGCUAUGACAUCCGAGGUUUUGUAUGCAUACCUGCCGAAGAAAGAUACCCCAAUUCAGGAAAGGAAAGAUGGGGCGACGAACCUGGAGCAUAAUCUCCAGGGUGCCGGAUUAAUGAACCCUUGA